CGGAAAGGGAAACCAAGCUCUGUUGUUUUCGGCAAGGCACCCAGCAAACGUAGAGCAGCUGCCCUGCAGGUCAGUGGGCCCUGCCAGUCAAUGGAGGUGUGCAGUAUGGCUCUGCGACCCUACCAGUGGGAGGUGAUCAUGCCCGCCCUGGAGGGCAAGAAUAUUAUUAUUUGGCUGCCCACGGGCACCGGCAAGACCCGAGCAGCUGCCUACGUAGCCAAGAGGCAUUUGGAGACUGUGGAUGGAGCCAAAGUGGUUGUAUUGGUCAACAGGGUGCACCUGGUAACUCAGCAUUAUGAGGAGUUUAGCAGCGUGCUAGACAAACACUGGGCCAUUGAAACCCUGAGUGGAGACAUGGGACCACGAGCGGGCUUUGGCCACCUGGCCCGGAAAAGCGACAUGCUCAUCUGCACAGCUGAACUGCUCCAAUUGGCCCUGAGCAGCCAGGAGCAGGAGGAGCACGUGGAGCUCAACGACUUCUCCUUGCUCGUGGUGGAUGAAUGUCACCACACGCAUAAAGACACUGUCUACAACAUCAUCCUGAGCCAGUACAUAGAGCAGAAACUCCAUGGGACGAAGCGUCUGCCCCAGGUGUUGGGUCUCACAGCGUCCCCAGGCACUGGAGGGGCCUCUACGCUCAAAGGGGCCAUCAACCACAUUCUACAGCUCUGUGCCAACCUGGAUACAUGGCGUAUCAUGUCACCCCAGAAGAGUCUCCCUCAGCUACAGGAAUUCAACCACCCACCCUGCAAGAAGUAUGACCUCUGCCAAAAGCGCAGUCAGGACCCCUUUGGGGACAUGCUGAAGAACCUUAUGGACCAAAUCCAUGACCACAUGGAGAUGCCCACGUUGAGUCGGGACUUUGGGACACAGACAUAUGAGCAGCAGGUGGUGGAGCUGAGUCGGGAUGCUGCUCUUGUGGGGCUUCUGCAUAGACGGGUGUUCGCGCUCCAUCUGCGGCAUUACAAUGACGCCUUGCUGAUCCAUGAUACGGUCCGUGCUGUGGAUGCUUUAGCCACGUUGCAGGAUUUCUAUAAAAGGGAACGAGCCACGAAGACCCAGGUCAUGCAUGCUGAGCGCUGGCUGCUGAAGCUUUUCGAUGACCACAAGGGGGAAUUGACUCACCUGGCACAGCAUGGUCCAGAGAACCCCAAACUAGAGAUGCUGAAACAAAUCCUGCAGGAGCAGUUCCGGAACUCCAGUAGUCCUCAAGGCAUCAUCUUCACCCGCACCCGCCAGAGUGCUCACUCGCUCCUGCUCUGGCUCCAGCAGCUGCCUGGCUUGCAAACUAUGGACAUUAGAGCCAGCGUGCUCAUCGGGGCAGGCAACAGCAGCCAGACCACCCACAUGACCCAGAAAGAGCAGCAAGAAGUGAUCCGAAAGUUCCGGUGUGGCACACUGAACUUCCUGGUGGCCACCGCUGUGGCAGAGGAGGGGCUGGACAUACCCCGGUGCAACGUGGUCGUGCGCUAUGGCCUCCUGACCAAUGAGAUCUCCAUGGUCCAGGCCAGGGGCAGGGCCCGGGCUGGCGAGAGCGUGUACUCCUUUGUGGCCACUAAGGGCAGCCGGGAGUUGCGGCGGGAGCAGACCAACGAGGCACUGGAGACACUGAUGGAGCAGGCAGUGGCUACCGUGCAGUUGAUGGACCCAGAUGAGUUCCAUGCCAAGCUGCGGGAGCUGCAGUGCUCGGCGCUGGUGCAUCGCAAAGCCCAGGCGGCCCAGCGGGAGAAGAGGAAGCAGGAGUUCCAGGCCCAGCAGGUGCAGCUGCUGUGCAUCAACUGCACGGUGGCUGUGGGGCACGGGAGCGACCUGCGGAAGGUGGAGGGAGCCCACCAUGUCAACGUGAACCCCAACUUCUCGAUCUACUACAACAUUUCCCCGCAACCAGUCGUCAUCGACAGAGUCUUCAAGGACUGGAGCCCCGGGGGUGUCAUUAGCUGUAAGAAUUGUGGGGAGGUCUGGGGUCUACAGAUGAUCUACAAGUCCGUGAAUCUUCCAGCUCUCAAGAUCCGCAACAUUUUGCUCCAGACCCCGCAUGGGAGGAUCCAGGCCAAGAAGUGGUCCCGCGUGCCCUUCCGGGUCCCCGAGUUCAACUACCUGCAGCACUGCACCGAGAACUUGUCCUUAGCCUGAACGUCUUGUGAUAGCACUGCCCACUUUAGGCUGCAGGGGGCAGCAGAGCCCGCAGCAACCUCGCUUUUCCCCUUCCCGCCUGAGCUCUGGCUCUGAGGGUCUCCCAGUUUGACUUGGAACUCCCUCACUGAGAAAGCAGUGGGGAGCCCCCUUUCUCCUCACACAGACACUUCCACAGGCAAUGAAUUCGGUGGGGGUGGAGGCGGGUGGGGCCAAACUGAUGCAGCUUCUCACAUGUAUUAAAUAGGGUAGGGAUGGGAAACUGAGGCAGGAAAUGAAAUACACUUCCCCUGGCCUCUUCAUUCUUUCCCCUUUCAAGGUUUAUAUUUUUAAGACUUUCCCCAUAGAUUAGAAAAAAAUAAAUUGGUAUCUAAAA